CCUCCUCAGCUGAUGAGUAAUUGCCUCCAGCUGUCCCUGCAGCUGAUUGUGUUGACCUGGAAGGCUUCUGGAGAUGCCAGCUGGAUUACCAGGGCUGUUUCUUCUUUAAAAACUGCCCCUGCUGCUGGAGAGAAGCUCACCAUGCAGACUGCAGGUCGUUGGGUCUCCCUGGUUCUGCUGAUUUCUGGUGCUCUUGGGGCUGUGGAGGCCAUUCGGACUUUUAAAGAUGGACCCAUGAUCGAUGCUGAGGGAAGAGAGUAUAAAUCUGCUCCGUUCAGGGUUGAUGAUUCGUUCAACGAUGAAUCCACGGUUCGUGUUUGGUGCACUGAGGUGUCCAUGAUCGUCGUGGUGAAGGCUGAUCUGUAUAGAAAUGGACGCCUCGUGUCCCCAGAGGAGCUUUUUCUGGGAGAAUCUGAGCCUUCAGACAGUCGGUGUCGAGCUGCUGCUGCUGGUUCAGAUGAAUACGUCAUUGAAGCCGACCUGCAAGCCUGCGGCUCUAAGUUAACCAUGUCUGAGGACUCGGUGAUCUACUCCAACCUGCUGACCUUCUCACCGCUGCUGGGUUACCAUGGCAUCACCAGGACUAGUCAGGCUGCGGUUCCUGUUUCCUGCCACUACAAAAGGACCCAUGUGGUCAGCAGCAGCAGCAGCAGCGCUCAGCAGCAGCCUCUGACCUUCUACUCUUCUUCAAAGGAUUCAUCAGGACGUUUUUUCUCUCUGAAGCUGAUGGCCGACGACUGGACCAGCGAGCUGUUCUCCAACACCUUCUACCUGGGAGACCUCCUGCACCUGGAGGCGUCCUACACCGGUCCAGGACGGAGGCGUCUCUACGUGGACAGCUGUGUGGCCACGCUGACGCCUGACCAGACCUCGGUCCCCAGAUACUACUUCAUCGAGAAAAACGGGUGUCUCAUGGAUUCCAAAGAAGCGUCGUCCAGGACUCGGUUCAGACCCAGACUGAGGACCGAGUCUCUUCAGCUGCAGCUCGACGUCUUCCUGUUUGAAAAACAUUCCAGGAACUCGGUUUUCAUAACUUGUCAGCUGAAGGCGACGCCUGAGCUCUGGACCAGCAGCCGCAUUAAUAAGGCCUGUCACUACAUACGCUCCAGGUGGGAAAACGUGGACGGUGACGACGCUGUGUGUCAGUGCUGUGACAGCAGCUGCAGCAUGAGGCCGUCCAGAGAUAUCAUGCUCUGUGGUAGCGUGACUCUCGGACCGCUGAUGAUUUCUCCCAGAAAUUUGACAGAUUAACCAGCGGUGUCCCCACAGUGCAACCGGUGCUUCACUUCCUCAUGUACUCAGUAGGUAUAAAAACAUCCUGCUUGCAUCAGCUGAGACUUUAGUGGACCUGCAGCCGUUCAGGUAAGCAGCUUCCUUUGCUUCUAGUGGAUCAUUGCUUCUGCUGGUUUCAUUGUGUGUGCAGCUGAGGUGUGUUUUCUUUUAACCUGAAUCACACCUGUCUCUGCUGGUCCGGAUUGUUGCUCAGCAUCAGUGAUCAGAUUUUUUUUUAGUUUUGAGUUCCUUUAUGUUAGUAUUAUCUUGGACGUUAACAAACACAGCACGUAGUGACAGACAGAUAUUUUAUAUAUAUAUAUAUAUAUAUAUAUAUAUAUAUAUAUAUAUGUACAUGUAUUCUUAAGACCCUGAAAGGGGUCUUUCCCCCAAAAGGGCAUAUUGUUAAUACUAAUAAUAAUACUAAUACUACUACUUCUACUACUACUACUACUACUAAUAGCAAUGUAAAUCUAGUUAAAAAUAUAUAUAUGUAAAUGUAAUAAACAUAUUAAUCAGAUAUUAGAUGUUAUCCAGUUAUUAUAUUUAUUGGUUACUCAUUAUCCCAAGUAAGUAGAAAAAAACUAAAAUGCAAACCAAACCAAAGCUCGGGUCUUAGGAGGAUAUAUAUGUGUGUGUGUGUGUGUGUGUGUGUGUGUGUGUGUGUGUGUGUGUGUGUAUAUAUAUAUAUAUAUAUAUAUAUAUAAAGAGAGAGAGAGAGAGAGAGAGAGAGAGAGAGAGAGAGAGAGAGAGAGAUAACAAGAGAUAAAUAUCAACAAAAUGCCUCCAAAAUGUUAAUAUCUGCAAAGUUUCAGUCUAAAAUGUGCAAAAAAUACACAGAAAAAUAUUUUUACAUGUUCUAAAAAAUUAUCCGAAAGUAAUAACUGUUUCAGAAAAUAUUAAUAUAAUGUGCAAAUUAAUAAAAAAUCUAUAAAAUAAACAAAAUGUCAAAAAUAUGUCAGAAAAAUAUUAAUAGAAUGUAAAAAUAAAAAUCAUCAAAUUAUGUAAAAAUACUAAUAAAUGGUUGCUUAAAAUAUGUAUAAAACGUGCAAAAUAAUUUUUAAAAAUUACUAAACCCACAAAGUGUAUCAUGUCCAGUGUGUAAAUUUUGAGAAAUAGGUUUUUAAAAAAAGACUGAAAAAUAUUCAGAACGUAUGAACAGAAUGGACUAAUAGACAGUUCCCAGUGGUCACGUGUUUUCAGGUGCGCAUGCGCUCGGUCUUUGUGCAUUCAGCAAAAUGAAGACGACACGACAAUUGUGCUUCGUAAUAAUCAUUCUGUUUGCGGGUGAGUGUGCUAACCGUCCGUAAUCGAACUGUAGUCUAGUCACACUCAAAUAUCUGUAAUUAUCUGUAUAUUUGUAUAUUGUGCAUCCUAAUUCUCUGUAUAUUUGUAUAUUGUGUACCAUGCAGUCAGCGUUACCAUGUGUAGAAGGCCGCAAGCCUGCCGACUGCUAAUCUUUGUUCUCCUAGACUGGGCUAGUUUUACGUCCUUCAGUCUAAACUUGUGACUAGGGCUGGGCGAUAUGGCCAAAAAAUAAAAUCUCGAUUUUUUUUUUUUUAGUCAUCUUGGACGAUUACGAUUUUAAUCGAUUUUUGUUGUUUCUUUGCGGUCUGUUUGCUAUGGCUAGUGCUAGCCAUGCUGCACUCCCGUAGCUGCGAGCACUCUUCCCAUUCUUUAGGAUGCCUCAGACGGAGGUGCUGACACAGGUUAGUUGUGCUGCUACUCUUCGUUUUCACAGUACUUUUGCAAACCUUGCACAUGACUGUAGUUUGCUCUGUGUCAGUCUUGUCAAAGCCGAACCACUUCCAUAUAAUCGAUGUAACAUGAGGCCCUUUUCUCGUGACCAACUCUUCCUCUGCUGUUCUGUCCGCCAUGACGGCAGUGUGAGUGUUUUGGUGGAAGGAGAUGAGAGGCGGAAGCAAACGCCUGUGCACAAGUCGUGAAAGGCAGAAGAAGAAUGUGUAUUGUUAUAUAUUUAAGCUCGCCUCGAUUUUACGAUUUGGCAAAUUUUCAAAUCGUCAGGAUUUAAAAAGGUGAAUUAAUAAAAUUAAUUCGAUUUAUUGCCCAGCCCUAUUUGUGACUUUUAUCGUCUCUGGGACUCGCUGCUGUAAGCAGGCGAUGAACACUACACAGAAAUACACUCAUUAAAUCAAUCAACAGUUUACACACCAACAUGGCAGACUGCAAACCUAGCAAUAAACUCAACAACAGUAAACUAAGACUAGGUUACUGAGCAGGGAACUAAACUGCCUGCUGACUGAGAAGAAGCGGAGCGAGGAGAGUCAGCUGGCAGGUGUGAGACAGGUUCUGCAGCUGGUGUGUGAAUGAGCGGAGAUUCAGGAUUGAUCCAGACAGACAACGGGAAAUGGAUGUAGGAUACCGUGGAGGAAACAGUAGUGAGAUGGGUUAUAGAAUGACACUGUUUAACGGUACAGCAAAGAGUAGUGAACAGCAUCUGACUUUUAUGGCAGGAGAGAGAAGUUGCAGCUGAACAUUCCCACCUGCUCAUGAUCACCGACUGGCAGCACCUGUCUGCAAUGCCACACACUAUGCCCUGGAGAGAGAGAAGAAGGGAGACACUACCACUAUGUGGCGUUAGAUGUGGAGGGCAGAACAAUAUGUAUGUUUUAUUAUAUCUUUUAAUGUUUUAUUUUACAGCUCUACUAAGAUUAAAGAAGCAGCUACAGUUUUGAAUGAAAGUUCCCAUCCACCUGGAAUCACUGUAAGACAUGGAUCUUUGUCACAAAAAACAAUCAAUCACUUUGUCUGUUCUGCAGGAAACAUUGUUGGAAACCCCGGGAUUGGAGGAGACAAGGAUGGAAUCUUUGCAGGUUCUGAGAUCAUCUCAGUCCACCUCGGGCAGAAUGUCACUCUGAUUGGUCCUGACUACAGUGACAACAUAUCAGUAAGAUUCAAAAGAAAUGGCAGUGAUAAAUAUAUCUAUUGGUGCAUAGACAGACAUGCCAUACCUCCCAAACGUCUGGAUCCAUCGUUUGCGAGCCGAGUGGAGGGGACAAAAUGUCCAAUUAAGGACAGUAACGUCUCUGUAACUCUGAAGAAUGUGACUGGAGCAGACACUGGAACAUUCGAGUGGCUCUGGAAAAACAGUACCGGAACCUUUUUCUUCACAGUGUCCCUGAACAUUACUGACCAAGGUGCUGCAGGAGUCAUCAUUGGAAUCAUCGGAGGAAUCAUCAUUUUAGGGAUCGUCAUAAUUGUUUAUCGCAACAGUAAAUCCCUUGUAGAAUGCCCUGAGACUCAGUGUUGUCUUUAACUUCUUUUGAGUGAAAUUGAAAAUAAAUGAUUAUGCAGCAAAAAGUA